AUGACUCGCGAGGGUGAACAAUCCCCUGGACGUCUUACGAUAGCACAGGCCAACCUGUUAAAUAUGCAGGGUGGUAGAUUGUCUCCUCGAAGCCCGGUUUCCCCUUUGCUCAGCCCUGACUUCGACUGCGCACACCCUACCUUCCAGGGAGCUCCGUCUUUGUUAUCCACCAAUGGAUUCGCGGGCGUUCACUUGAACAAGCGUGGUCUCCCCUUGUCACCUAUGUCCCACAAUGCCUCUGCAGUUUCAUACGGUCAGCAAUCAUAUCACUCGCCGCUACACGACCUUCAAGAGAUGUCCAUGCCGGGGGAGGAACAAGCGUACGAUACUUUCCGCAUGAACGCACCCAAGUUUAUGGGCCAGGACUUACGGCUGUCGCAGCAGACACAUUACGACGACAUGUUCUACCUCCAGGAGCAACUCCAGCUUGCGAAGGGAAUGGGCAUGGUCGGUGCUGCAGCAAGGGCUGAGAACGGAUAUACCGCUAUGGAGAGGCUGUUACUCCAGGGCUAUCUCCAACGCCAACAGACACAGCAGCUCUUUGAGGCGGAAGUUCAAGAGGCGCAGUUCCGGCAUUCGUUGCUAAGCCAAGCUCGCGGGUUAAAUCAUUCCGCGACGUUACCCGCAGACUUAUCUAGCUUUGGUACGGGGUCAGCUGGUAGAGAACCCAGUCGCCGGUUGCCGGAUGUUCUUCCCCCGAUGUCCGAAAAUGACUUUCACGCGACCGCCGCUUCACAUCAACGUUCCCAGCGGCCGAUGUAUCUGGACACGGACCUCAGGCAUGAAAGUAGUGUUCCUGGGACUUUCUCUGGUAGCCGGAAUAUUCUCCCAACGGAGUCGUCUUCUCGCCUCGAUAUCAAUCAGCAGUUCUCUCUUGCUCAACAACGCCAGAGGAACCAAACACACAGUACCUACGCCCGCGCUGAGGCCGAAGCGCAUGCGCAGGCGCUACACACUCGCUCGACUACAUUCCCUUCCCAAUAUCUUAGCGGACGCGAUAGCGCUUAUGAUGUCUCGACUGAUUCUAAUCAACAAAAUAACGGCCGUCCCUAUACCGGUACCUUCGGCGACAGUAUGGAUACUACCCGUCCAAUAAAGAGUGCGGUGCUCGGCAAUGUGGGUUUAGGUUCGAACGGUAUCAACAGUACGAAUGCGGGAGGACGUGACAAUUCUUCAUUCAAGGCCUCUAGCUACAUACGGAGCAAUAUGAGCGGAUCUCGCGAUAGAAGCGGUCUUACCGGCAUGGAUAUGAGCUCGGUGUUCAGCAACAUUCAUGGCGCGUAUGAAGCUGUCGGCUCUCGACUCAGCAAUAAGAGCAGUGGCAUCGGCUCUGCGCACCCGCACCACGGGGAGGAAGAAGAGGCAUCGUCGCCGUUGAUGUCGCCCGCAUUGACGUACUCUGCGCGCACGCCGGCUUCUCUUAGUCCGGCCACACCCGCAUCCGGAUUCUCCUUCGAAGUACCAUCGAUACAUGGGGUGACGGAUGGGCGUGUGGUUGGGGCUGAGAAACAGAAGAUGCGAACAAUGAACUAG